AUGACCAUGUAUUCGGAGCUAAACAACGCCUCAACCCCAAGUCACGGUAUCGAAAUGGACGCUCCGACUUGCUACGCUGCCGGAGCCACUCUCUCGGCCAGCCGCAUACUGUGUAAGAGUGUGGAAUUUACUUCUCUUGCAAGCAAACAACAGAGCAAACAGGCCAGCAUUCACUUCGCGGAAUCACCGGCCAGAGCCGUCUCGCGAUCGCCGGCCGGGGCUUUCGGCGCUUCGUCUUUACGUCUAAACCCUUACGGAUAUAGAACGCACAGAUUGUCACGUCUUUCACGCCAGAGUCGACAGGCGCUGGCACAAUGGGCAGAGUAUGUCUCCAUCAGCCGCCCAGUGGACGGUUAG